AUGGAGAUCUUUGACCCGCCGGAGGAUGUGGAGAGGAAGGUGCGGGAGCUGGCGGACAUGAUCAGGAGUUCCUCCAACGUGGUGUUUCACACGGGGGCUGGAAUCAGCACCGCCUCGGGGAUUCCCGACUUCAGGGGGCCCAAUGGCGUCUGGACUAUGGAAGAGAAGGGGCUCUCCCCAAAAUUUGACACCACGUUUGAGAACGCCAGGCCCUCCAAGACUCACAUGGCGCUGCUGGGGCUGCAGAGAGUCGGCAUCCUGAAAUUCCUGGUCAGCCAGAACGUGGACGGCCUUCACGUGCGGUCAGGAUUCCCACGGGACAAGUUGGCUGAGCUCCACGGGAACAUGUUUGUGGAAGAGUGCGUGAAAUGCGGCAAGCAGUACGUGCGGGACACGGUGGUGGGCAGCAUGGGGCUGAAGCCGACGGGCAGGCUGUGCAGCGUCACCAAAGCCCGGGGGCUGCGGGCCUGCAGAGGGAAGUUAAGAGAUACUAUUCUGGACUGGGAAGAUUCCCUGCCCGACCGUGACCUCACGCUGGCGGACGAAGCCUGCAGGAAAGCCGAUCUCUCCGUCACUCUGGGGACCUCCCUGCAGAUCAAACCCAGCGGCAACCUCCCGCUGAUCACGAAGAAGAGAGGAGGGAAGCUGGUCAUAGUCAACCUACAAGCAACCAAACACGACAGACAGGCCGACCUGCGCAUCCACGCCUACGUCGAUGAUGUCAUGACAAAGCUGAUGAAGCACUUGGGGCUGGAGGUCCCGGAGUGGACUGGGCCGGUGGUGGUGGAAAGCGCUGAGCUCACCGAGCCCGAAGAGCUCUUCACAUUCGACCCCGGGGCUCGCGCGCUGCGGAAGGAGGAGCCCCUCUCCCAGCACAACGGCACGGGUGGGCUGCGCCCUGACCUUGGGACCACGCUGGUGGAGCGCCGUGACAGUCUGAAGCAGGAGAGUCCCAGCCCGGACACGGGGCCAACGACAGUGAAGAAGAUGAAGGUGGAGCCUCUCCUCACCUGACCCAGACUGUUCCCUGUCUGUCCAGACACUCGUCUGUGCCGCUUUUCCUACCGACUUUUUUUUAUACCCUCAAACAUUGUCUCCUUUUUUAUGUAAGUAUUAAAUACACUCGAGUCGUGU